AUGACAAUUAAUCCGCCGCUGUCAGAAGGAAAGCACUCAAAACAAAAUAGAAGUGAAACGAGCCAAGGGAAAUCAGGAGGCUGUUUCCCAGGUUCCAGCCACGUCACAACCCCAACAGGACACAAAGCACUCACAGACCUGGCCAUUGGAGACCGAGUGCUGACGAUGCAGUCUUCAGGAAAGCUAGGCUUCAGCCCAGUUCUCAUGUUCCUGGAUAUCAACCCAGACUCCCCGCGGACAUUCAUCGAACUCGUCACGGGCUCUGGCCGCAAACUCACUCUAACCCCAUCUCACUUGAUCUACGUGGUCAGUGACACAAACGACCCGGACAUCGUCAAACGCGGCUUUUUCCAUACCCGCGUGCCCGUGAACAAGAACACGGAGAACGAGGUUGACGAUCCUGAUCAGCACCCAAAAAACCCCAAGUUCGGCAAGUCGGAAGAGGAACACCGGUCUGCGCAAGCCAUCUUUGCGAGAGACGUGCGUCCCGGAAUGGAGAUUCUCUCAGCGACUGAUGAGAAGUCUGGAAUGAAUGUGGAAACUGUGGCUUCUGCAAAACCGGUCCUGGCAACUGGGUUCUACGCUCCUUUGACUGCUGAUGGGACGCGCGUGGAUAUCCGAUCCACCAAGAAAGCGAAAAGAAAAUUCGGAUUCAAUUCAAACAGUCGCAAAACGCACAAAACUCGGAAUGAAGAAGAACCUCGGCAACACACGGAGCCGUCAGAAAGAAAGCAACACCCCCCACCCGCUUUACAACUCCGAUAA